AUGGUUUCCUGCGACAUCAGUGUGAACAAUGUCCUCGCAGUAGUGAAUUCCAGGCUGGUGGGUCACUACGUGCGGCUAGACGAUCGCGUUCGGACGUUGGGCCUUUGUAUCAAGGCCUGGGCCGCAGCUCGCCGAAUCAACGAUCGAAGUCGUGGGACGAUCUCAUCUUUUGCUUUGGUAUUGAUGCUGAUUCAUUUCCUUCAGCGUCGGGACCCACCGGUUCUACCCUCUUUGCAGGACAUUGCUUUCAGCCAGAAUGAGAAGCCGAAGUUUGUCAACGGUGUGGACUGCCGGUUCUGCACUGAUGCUGGCAAAAUCCGGGAGGAGUUGGCAUAUUUGCGAGGUGCACGCGCACCCAACGAGGAAGACGCAGCAACCUUGCUCCUCGAGUUUUUUCGCUACUUCGGGAAAGAUUACCGGAGCGGCAUCAUCCGAAUCCGGGACACUCGUUCGAUGCUGCCUCCUGGUGACGAGACCAAAUGCUUUUUGGUCGUGGACAACCCCUUCGAGGUCGGCAAAGAUGUGGCAAACAUUGAUGCCUCUCAGCAAAGUGCUCUCCGAAAGGAGUUCCGGCGAGCGUGGAGCUACCUAAAUCAGGGCCGGAGCUUCUCGGAUCUCUUGCGACAACCAGAUUGA